AUGUGGAUCAUCCUUCACCCAUGUCUUGCUACACCAGAUUUUCCGGAUCCUAAUAGUGAAGCGCCUGCUCUCAAUUUAACUGCUGAUACUCAAACUCCCAGCCUAUCUGAGAACGGGACCACACCCAUCCACAGCACUCCUUCACCAGGAAUGCCACCAGCUUACCAGACCCAUCCCAACCACUCAUCCAAUAUCAUUAGAGAUCAAGCAAGAUUUCAUUUGAUUAAGAUUUGUCUUUCUAGCUCUCAAGACCCGGAAAACUCCUACGCAUCCAACACAAAGUGUUCUCUGAUUCAAAUAGUUAUUGGGCAUGACAUCCCACCUAUUGAAAUGUCAUCUGGUUCGGUUUCAGUUUGGGAGCUAGAGGAUGCGGUGGAAAAGCUCAGAGUGAGAAUGGAGACAAACAAAAAAUCCGAUUUAAGUGCUUUAGCAGAAGAGAUGCGGCAAGAUGAAGCCAUGCGGGUCGAAGAGCUGGAACAUAAAAACGAAGAUAUUGGACAGUUGAAAGCCUCGGUCACAAACUUGAAAUCUCAAGUGACAGACCUUUGCGCACAGUUAAGUACCAUAGUCGAGGACAUACAAGUCCAGGAAGAAGUUCUCAAAGGGUUAAUGAGUGUAGAGGAAGGCGAUGAGAAUGGCUCAAUUACUAGCUCUGAGUUGUAA